UAUAAAUAACCCUUCCAAUUCGUACCUCCCUCCUCACACUGAACUAGCCAUACAACAAUCAGAUCUGCAUUGCUAUGGCAAUUACUAAUUCUGCUAUGCUUGCGCUCUCUCUUUCCUUCCUCCUCCUGUGUCAUGGCUCUCUGGCCCAACUCGGUCAAGGGCAAGAAACGAGCCCGUGGCAAGGGCAAUCUAGGUUCAGAGGCCAACAGGAAUGCCGGUUUGAGAGGCUAGACGCCGUCCAGCCCACACGCCGCUUGCAGUCUGAAGCUGGUGUCACAGAGUUCUUCGACCAGUUCAAUGAGCAGUUCCAGUGUGCCGGCGUGUCUAUACGACGACGCAUCAUUGAACCCAGCGGCCUUCUUAUGCCUUCCUACUCCAAUGCUCCUCGUCUUGUUUACAUUGCCCAAGGAAGAGGCAUAACAGCAACGAUAUUCCCGGGCUGCCCGGAGACGUUCCAGUCAUUCCAGCAGCAGUACGAGUUGCAGAGGGAGGAAGGCGGGAGCCAGAGGCAGUUGUUCAAAGAUGAGCACCAAAAAGUCCACCGCUUCCGUGAGGGAGAUAUCAUUGCUUUACCUGCUGGAGUUGUCAACUGGUGCUAUAACGACGGUGAUACACCAGUGAUUGCCGUCACUGUCUUCGACACGAGCAACAGUGCCAACCAACUCGACCCUCAUCGUCGGGAAUUCUUACUAGCUGGUAGCUAUCAAAGUCGGAGAGGGCAGCAAGCAUACGAAGGGCAAUCACGCGAAUGGCAAUUUGAAGAGCACACAGGGGCCAACAUUCUUAGUGGGUUCAGCCCUGACUGGCUGGCCGAGGCCUUCGGAGUCAAUAGAGAGGUAGCAAGGAAGCUUCAGAGCCAGGACGACCGCAGAGGCGAAAUUGUCCGAGUUCGGCAUGGACUUCAGUUUCUAAGGCCCUCAGUAAGAGAGGAACAGCACGAGCAGUAUUCCGAGGAGAGAGAGGAGAGAAGGAAGGGCGGUCAAUGCAAUGGACUGGAGGAGAUGUAUUGCGCGCUGAAGACCAGAGAAAACAUUAACGACCCGACGCGUGCGGAUGUCUACACUCCGCAAGGCGGACGAAUCACCACCCUCAACAGCCAGAAGUUCCCCAUUCUUAACCUAAUCCAAAUGAGCGCUGAGAGGGGUGUCCUCCAUAGGAAUGCUUUCCAUGCACCGCACUGGAACAUCAACGCGCAUAGCAUCAUGUACGUGACUGGAGGGCGGGGACGAGUGCAGAUAGUGAACAACCAGGGCCGAACCGUUUUUGACGGCGAGCUCCAUCGCGGACAAGUGCUGGUUAUCCCGCAGAACUACGCAGUUCUGAAGCGGGCGCAGAGUGAAGGGUUCGAGUGGAUCUCAUUCAAGACCAACAACAACGCCAUGGUCAACCAGAUUGUAGGGAAGGCAUCGGCUCUUCGGGGCAUGCCGGUGGACGUGCUGAUGAACGCCUACCGCAUCUCGAGGGAAGAAGCCCUAAGGCUCAAGUUUAACAGAGGGGAUCAGAUGACCGUCUUUACUCCCAGGUCCCAGGAAAGGCCUUUUAAUCUAGCCCUGCCAUGAAGAAUGAAGGAAUUGUUCCCAUCUUGCUUCUAGUGGGAGAGGCUACGGAUGGUUUGGUUUUGUAACGGCUAGAGAUCUAAAUAAAUAAAUAAAUCUAAAUAAAUCCUCUGCGGCAAGAGGCUUUGAUGUUCGCCUCAUCAAUCACUAUGUAAUAAUGAUAUCACAUUUUAUCUAUGUUGCGGUGCAGGUUUUCAGCAUACUUUAAUGAAUCAUU